CAGAUGCCAGUACACAUACCUGGAGCACGUGGGACUUGAAUCCAAACCUCCUGGCCCAGAGCAUGUCAAAUCGAACGUGGCACCUUUAUUUGGGUAACCCAUGCGAGCUGCUGGCAAUACAUUGAGCACAUUGGACAGUUUGUGCCUUUACAUAAUAUGAACAUGCAGGAAGUAACACGGGCAGUGCAGAGGGUUUGAUCUGGAAGAAACAAGCAUGAAAACAGCAAAUGGGAAAACCUCAUUCAUUGCAUUUAUAAAGCAACGUAAAAUGGGCUUGAAUGACUUCAUACAGAAAUUGGUUUCUAACCCGCAGAUUUGCCAGCACCCUGAUGUUCGUGUUUUCUUACAAAUUGACCAAAACCAACCAGAUGAAGCAGACACCUACUGUAAUUCUAACAGAUCAAGCCUUGGUUCAGAAGAAUUUGACCUUUCUACAUCGUGUAGUGUGAAGCCUUCAGACUUUGACUACCUCAGAAUAAUUGGCAAAGGCAGCUUUGGAAAGGUGCUACUUGCCAAACACAAAGAAACUGAGAAAUACUUUGCAGUAAAAGUUUUGCAGAAGAAGAUGAUUCUGAAGAAGAAAGAGCAAAAACAUAUCAUGGCUGAACGCAGUGUCCUCUUGAAAAAUAUGAAACAUCCUUUCCUAGUAGGGCUUCACUAUUCCUUUCAAACCACAGAUAAACUCUACUUUGUCCUGGAUUAUGUGAAUGGUGGUGAGUUGUUCUAUCACCUUCAACGGGAACAUGUGUUCCUGGAGCCCAGAGCAAGGUUUUAUGCUGCAGAGAUUGCCAGUGCACUAGGCUACCUCCACUCUCUGCAUAUUGUUUACAGAGACUUGAAACCUGAAAACAUUCUCCUGGACUCUCAGGGCCACAUAGUGCUGACAGACUUUGGCUUGUGCAAAGAAGGAGUAGAACCAAAUGGAACAACCUCCACAUUUUGUGGUACCCCAGAAUAUUUGGCACCCGAAGUGUUACAGAAGCAAGCUUAUGAUCGGACAGUUGAUUGGUGGUGCCUAGGAUCUGUGCUGUAUGAAAUGCUGUAUGGAUUGCCCCCAUUUUACAGCCGGAACACAGCUGAAAUGUACAACAACAUUCUACACAAGCCACUGCAACUUAAACCCAAUGUCUCAAACUCUGCCCAAGAACUCUUAGUGGGAUUGCUCCAGAAAGACAGAAUGCAGCGACUGGGGGCUGAGAAUGACUUUAUGGAACUGAAGUUCCAUUCUUUCUUUACACCAAUAAAUUGGGAUGACCUCAUGGCUAAGAAAAUCUCUCCUCCAUUUGUUCCAACAGUGUUUGGACCGACUGAUCUUCAACACUUUGACCCAGAAUUUACCCAACAACCAGUUCCAACCUCAGUUGCAAACUCUCCUGAAGACUUCCUGAUUACUGCCAGUGCUCGAGAGGCUGCUGAAGCUUUCCUUGGAUUCUCCUAUGUUCCUCCUGUAGAUGAUACCUACCUAUAAUAAACAAGGUGGACUAUAAUGCCUUUAUGUUUUAAAUAGCAAAGAACUGAUUGAGGCAGAAACCUUCUGCACAUUGUGCACCUUACAGCAUGAGAGCUCUCCUCUCAAUCUCCUUUUUUUUUUUUUGCUGAAGUAUUUUUCUGUUGGAGUAGAGUCUUUCUAUUGUAGUCUUCAGGAUUCAUCAGCUUCUGAGAAUGGAUCCUCAACUCUGCUCCUCAAAGUUUAAUAAUGUAUGAACUUUGUGCACACGAUUUUCCCUUUCAACUUGGCAACAUUUCAGAAAAGGGGCCUUCGUGAAUGACUGUCCACCUGAAAUACGUCAUGGCUAAGGAGUACAUUCUUCAGAGUUACUCAUAGUAGAUGACCACCACCCAAGCAGCAAAGUGUGCCAAACAUUGUACCAACAAAGCUGUAUCAAUUUGAGCCACUAUAAUGGCAGUACUUUCUCCUUUGAAUCGAGAAAGAAUUUGGUAAAAAACCUGUGUCCCUACUUCUGAGAGGCACUUGCCUGAAACAAAGUAUUGUCUGCCAAAAGUUAAGGAAAAUGGCAUUUGCCCACACUUGAUCCAAUCAACAAAAUCACCCUCCACUGACAGGAGAAGUCUUACAUUCCACACAAGAACUGACCAGUUGUUCGUCAAGUCUUUUCAUUAAAGUAAUUAAUGACAAUACAAUCAGGACCAUUUGCAACAAGAAAAUUUUUAUAACAGCAUUUCUAAGACUUUGAAAGUCUUUCUUCCACAAGAAUGUAUUUGUCUAUUUUAGACACAAGUUGGGACAUGGAGGACAUUAUUGGUAUUGCAUGGACUGAACUUUAAGUGUAAUUGUAUUGACAUUAAAUUGAAUAGCAAUUACUAUAAAAUGUUAACCUUUGACCCACUGAAGACUACAGUUAGUAUUUCUGAAUCAAAUUUAAUGCAGUUACUUGUCCAUCAGUUUAGAUGAACACUGUACCAAAUUAUUCUCUCAAUUCUCUAGAUUUCUCACUACAUCGUAUGAAUCAAUCUUUAAGAUAUUGUUUUAAAUCCAAGAUGACUAAAUAUAGGGCCAGCAGGACAACAUCUAGUCUCAAAGUGGAUUCAAUCAAUCUCAACUGAGUUACAUUUAAAAGCCAGAUGGCUAUAGGAGGAAGGAUAGACUUUGAAAGAUGGGGGAGAAAGUAGUAUUUGGAAGUCUUUGUACAAAGAAACAAUGAUGGGGGAAUAGAUCAAUUUCUAAAUUAAAUUGUUGGGUUUAUGAAGGGGUUUGUAAUGCAGUUGGAAGAAGUUCACUUGAUACUGAUAUUAGACCAUCCUAUGGGAUGUGGCAGUUAUGCUAGCUCAGUCUGCUGGAACAUCACCUAAUGAUGAGGUUGCAAUUUGGAAGUAACUAUUCAGCAGCUUAAAAAGGGUUAAAUACCUGCUGUCUUAUUUCUUUCAUAUUUGAAAGAUUACAUUUUAGUUUUUCAUUUACAUGUUGUAAACAAAAAGAUUUCUUGGAAAUAGUUGGGUUGAGAGCAGUAUUUAAAAUGUGGUACAUUACUUUGAAACUGAAAUAUUUAUUUUUUUAAUCCUAGCUGUACUGAAUUUGAAGUGCUCUAGUUGCCUUGUGAAACUCAGUUUUCAGUUGAAUCACUGUGGUAAAGAUGAUAGGUAUGUUCUAAUGAGUUGACCCAUUGUCAAAAGCAUUCUUACAAUGUACAAUGGUGAGCAUAUAAUUUCUUGAACACCUAAUUCUGUUGGAAAGAACAAUUUUGACUUGCAUAACCUUAGGGUAAAUUAUUAGCAUCAGGAUCACUGAGAUGAAUGAAGAAUAUUGCAUUAAGUUGUAAAUUUAAGAACUAUUUUACUCAUGGUGUAGUGAUUACAGCAUGCUUCAUCAGCUUAGUGACAAAAUUGAGUCUAGUAUUGGAGUGCAAAUUAAUGGGGGAAGAGUUGGCCUGUCAAUGUUCCAAAUUUUAUUCAAAGAAAAACUGCAAUUUUUUUUUUUUUUUGCUACAUGUAGCUACCUCUUCUGACCUUCCCUCCCCUCCAAAUCAUUGAUCUGAAUGAAAAUUAAUCUUGGUUUUUUUUUUGUGCACGUGGGUUUAUGGAGGACUGGCCUAAGAAUUAGUACAUAAAGACAUUAAUGUGUACUCCUUGAGUUGGUUGAUCUACAUAUGUGAAAUAGAGAUCUCUAGAUAUGUUGCAUAUUUAUAAGAUGAGAUCAGCCAUCUGUUUGUUUGACUUUAGACUUGCAACAUAGAUUUAGAAAUACAUGUAAUGGUUUAUAAUGGACAAAUUGUGAUUGAACCAAUAAACUGGAUUCCCCUUGCAAA